CCAAAAACACAAUCGUCCAUUUUCAAGACCAAUAAUAAUACUCAAAAGAAAGAAAGAGAGAGAAAUGGCGACGACAACAACAGAGACAACGAAGACAUCUACUAAUGGAGGAGAAGAUAAGCAAUCUCAGAAUCUCCGACACCAAGAAGUCGGUCACAAGAGUCUCUUACAGAGCGACGAUCUCUACCAGUAUAUUCUGGAGACAAGUGUGUACCCAAGGGAACCAGAAUCAAUGAAGGAACUCAGGGAAGUGACAGCAAAACACCCUUGGAACAUAAUGACAACAUCAGCAGAUGAAGGGCAGUUUCUGAACAUGCUCAUCAAGCUCGUUAACGCCAAGAACACAAUGGAGAUCGGCGUUUACACUGGCUACUCUCUCCUCGCCACCGCUCUUGCUCUCCCCGAAGACGGCAAAAUUCUGGCUAUGGACGUUAACAGAGAGAAUUACGAAUUGGGUUUGCCGAUCAUCGAGAAAGCCGGCGUUGCUCACAAGAUCGAUUUCAGGGAAGGCCCUGCUCUUCCCGUUCUUGAUCAACUCGUUGCUGACGAGAAGAACCAUGGAACAUAUGACUUUAUAUUCGUUGACGCCGACAAGGACAACUACAUCAACUACCAUAAACGUCUGAUAGAUCUCGUGAAAGUUGGAGGAGUGAUCGGCUACGACAACACUCUGUGGAACGGUUCAGUCGUGGCAGCUCCUGAUGCACCGAUGAGGAAGUACGUUCGUUACUACAGAGACUUUGUUCUUGAGCUUAACAAAGCUCUCGCUGCUGACCCUCGGAUUGAGAUCUGCAUGCUCCCUGUUGGUGAUGGAAUCACCAUCUGCCGUCGGAUCAAUUGAUUACCCUUACUCUCAUGAGUUUGUCCGCACUGGAUUACUUUUCCUCUCCUCUCUCUCUCAAACGCAUUUUCACCAACCACACUAUAUGGACCCUUGUGUAUUUUGUUUAAGUAAUAUCUACAUUGUCCUUGUUCUUUUGCUUUCUUCUGAACAAAGAAAUAAUGUAUCCUUCCUCUUUUUUUUUGGGUGUUUCUCUAUGAGAAUCAGAUGGUAAAGAAAUAUCAAUCAUGAAGUUUUUCUGAAA